AAAACAAGUAAUAAAUUGUAACAUCAUUUUUAAAUUGUUACAAAUUUUAGAAACAACAACAAAUUAAAAUUUGUGGUGGAUUACCGAAAAAAAAAACACAUAAAUCAUAAAACGACCAACAAAAAAGUGGCAAACGAAAUUUACACACACUUUUCCAAGGAAAUACAAUAAAAGUGAAACAUUUGCUUUUUUAAUUUAAAUAAAAAAUUCAAAAUAAUUAUUUAGUGAUGCUUUCGUUACAAGUAAAUAACAAAUCGAGUUAUUAAAUUUAAUUUUAUAAACAAUUGUAUCAAAAACCGAAAUACCCAGAAAAAAUAGUUGCCUUCUAAUUGGCUUCCCUGUGGAAUUAUGAGUUUACCCAGCGGCGUUGAUAUGCAAAAUCUCAUGUCCCAGCAUCCGGUCUUAGGCGCUUUGCCGCCUGCAUUUUUUCUGCGUGCCGCCUCCGAGCGCUAUCAGCGCACCCCGAAGUGUGCCCGUUGCCGGAAUCAUGGAGUGGUUAGCGCUCUCAAGGGCCACAAACGAUAUUGCAGAUGGCGUGAUUGUCUGUGCGCGAAAUGUACAUUAAUUGCAGAACGUCAACGGGUUAUGGCUGCACAGGUUGCUCUGCGACGCCAGCAAGCCCAAGAGGAGAAUGAGGCACGCGAGUUGGGUCUACUCUACACAAAUGUACCGCCAAGGGUACCAUCACAAAAUGCCGGGGGUGAGGGAUCGACACCAACGACAACACCAUCAUCACAACUCAGUCCACAGAAUACAUCUACAAAUGGCGUGUUUCACACUGGAAUACCUUCACCGCCAAGUGAUGGUCUGGACUCAACAUCACAUCAUCACAGUCGUAUGCAGUUUAGCAGCAAUGGUAGCUCGGGCGGAGGUGGUGGCGGCGGCGGUAAUGGUACCAAUUCUGGUGAUUCUGAUUCCGAAAUGCGCAUACGGGCCGAAAGACUGUCAAUGGGUUUCUCACCAGAUCGCACCGAAGUUGAAAGUCCUGGCUCCAAACGUGCACGACUCUCAAAUGAAACCGAUCAAGAUACCGGCUCCGAAUCAUCACCCAGAAGUCCACGGGCCAAGACAACAAAUUAUCAUCACAACAACAACAAUGGUAACCUCUCGCCUGCUCGCACCGGUCCACCCAGUUCACCCGAAUCAGAUUUAGAUGUUGAUUCAGCUCCCGAUGAGGCCACCCCCGAAAAUUUGAGUUUGAAGAAAGAAGACUCCACAUCACCACCGCACACACCCUCAGCUGAGAGCAUGCAUAUGUUGAGGAGUUUCAGCAACGGCAAUCCUCAGGGCUUCAUGCCCUAUCAUCACACACAAUUUUUGGCAGCGGCGGCAGCCAGUGCCCAUUCACAUGCUGUGGCCCAGCAUUCACCACAUCAUCAGGUUCAGCAGCAGCAGCAACAGCAAUCCCCCAUGAUGGGACAUCACCCUGGAGCGGGGGUGGGUGCAGCCCUGCCACAGCCACACCAACGCUCCCCUGUUGAUGUCUUGAUGCGUGUGUUUCCCAAUCGCCGGCGCAGUGAUGUUGAACAGCUAUUGCAACGUUAUCGUGGUGAUGUCCUACAGACCAUGGAAGCUAUGAUAUCGGGCGAGGACUUGAAUCAUCUGAUGCCCACAUCGGCCCAUUCACCACCCAAUGUACCACCAUCGCCACCGUUUCCCCUCAAAUCGGCCUUUUCACCAUUGGUUCCACCAGCUGCUGUUUUCGGUUCACCCACCCACCGUUACCCCCCAUUUAUGCAGGCCCAUGCCAAGAGAUUCUUGGCAGCCCCAUAUGCUGGGACGGGUUACCUGCCGGGUGUCAUAAAUCCCGCCGAUUGUGAGCAAUCCGAAUCGAAUGGUGGCACCUCAGUGGAUCGCAAUAGCAAUGCAGGUGAUUCGCAAGAUUGAGAAAUCGACAUGGCCGGUGGUGAAAACAACGGCCUGGUGUUUAGACCAUUUGAGUAACGCUGGCGUAGAACUCAUGACGAAGUAAACUAAAUUCUAAAUGUUAAAAUGAAUGUAUAUUAAUUUGGUAUUGUCAAAGAAAGGGUCUCAACUAAAUGUAUAUUUCCCAAAACAAAAUGAUUUGAGUUAGAAUAUUUUGAUUUUAAUUUUCGAAAAACAAAAAAUGCAGGGAUUUCAGCCACAGAUCAUCCCUUGUUAUUUGCUAUAGGUUUUAUAAUGUUAAUCAUGUUAGAGUGAUAUAAAAAUAAUAAAAACAAAU